AUGAUCCUCGAGAGGGCGGAAGAGGAGCUCCAUCAGCUCCGGGGCUACCCUGAACAGCUCGAGAUCCAGCAGCCGCCGCUUGCAGGAGACCUCCAGCCGCCUCUUCUUCCUCGGCGCCGGCGGGCAGCUCGUGAUCGCCGGUAUCGCGCUCUCCUUCGUCGCCGGUGUGUUGUACCCCUCGCCGCCGCCACUGCUGCUGCCGCUCUGCUCCGCCGCCGGCAGCGGGCAGGGCUCCAGCUCCGCCGGCGACGGCAGCCGCCUCAAUUCCGGGGACGCCGCCAUGCCACACAGUUAGAGAGAGAGAGAGAGCAAAGGAAGAAAAACACCAGCCCUCGCUGGGAGCCGCGUAUAUGUAGCUUCAGGGGUUUAGAGAGAGAGGAGAGAGACCGGGCUCUUCGUCUAUCCGCUCGUUCUUAUCCUACCCUUUCUCUCUCUAGUCUCCACCAUCUGAUCAGAACGAGGGUCACGGCGAGAUAUGGUGCCACACUGAUCAGACGGAUACCGCCUUCUCGCCGACCAGAUGCUCCUAGCAUUGGAUUCCCUCCAUCGGGACAACGGGACAUCGGGAACAGCGAAAGGACGGCUUGGAUCUUGCCAGAUUUUAUAAAGACGACAGACGACGGUUCGUCAACGCGAGAGACGUCUUGCAGUUGAACAUUGGAUACCGUAUGAACGUCAGCAACUUACACAAAUGUGGUAAAUGGGCCCAUUUAACAUAGCCCAAUAAUAUUUGGGAUUUGGAUUAAUAUGGGGAUCAGAUUGGUAGUUAUUGGGCUGGCCCAGUUGUCGUAACAGGCAUGGGGCGGCCAGCCGUCUCGCACGCUACUGAGGUGCGAGCUAUUACCGCUCAUCAUCUCCCACAGAACUGCCUGAAGGAUCAUAUCUGGCUCUAAGUGAAUGGCCCAGAUUUUAUUUGAUGCCCUUGUGACAGUUUGUUCAACAAAAUCGAUGUGGGACUAAUAGUUGUGGCGUAUGAUUGGGGCACGAAGGGAAUUUCCGCUCCACAGCCCGCAUCUGCCGGGAUUCCGCCUUCAUUCAUUUCGUUUUUUUUUUUUUUUUUUUGGGGGGGGACCCGCCAACCUGGGCGCGGAAUUGUCACAUUCCGGCUUUUUAGGCCAUUAUUUUUUCAAUCCUAUUCUAGAAAAAAAAGGGGUUUAAGACGGUAUUUUCUAAUUAAUUAUGUAAUCAUUCAUAAAAUAAAUUUUAUGCAAGUUGGUGAUAAAAAAAGAAUUUUAGGUUAAAAUCACCUUCAUAAAAAAAAAAAAACGCUUCAUGGUCGGUAUUUAAUUAUCUAUUUAAAAAGUUGCUUGUGUUCGAGAAAUGGGUUUUUUAUUAAAUAAGGUGUGACUGUGAUAAUAAGAAUAUAUCUAGAGCGAGAGAGAGACAGAAAUAUUGGUCUAGGUCCAUAAGGCCGUACUUUAUUGAAAUGGUCAUAGUGUGCUGAAUAAGGAAAAUUACAAUUUACCCCCUGUUGACUCAGUUAGAGACGUGGACUGAUAGUGAAAAGUCGAGACCUUCGCACCAACCGUUGUUCCUACAAGCGACGACAGGGAGGGACAUAAUGGCUUAUUUAAGUUUUCGGACCGGGUUGACCUAAUUCGGUUGGUCAGAAAACCCAAAACAUGAGAAAUCGCGUACCCCUGUUAAUGGAUAAUAUCGUUCGAUGAGUCCGCCAACGAAACUGCGUAGCGCCUUCUUCCCCGUCAGAGAGAAAGAGAGAGAGGAGUCGACACCAAGCAUCCAUCUACUUCAUCUCCUAGUUUUCAGAGCGUGGGGUACUCCUCGGCGAUCUUCCACUGUCAUCUAUCUCCGAUUAGUGAAGCCGAGCACUGAGGCAACCCUUUUCCCCUCUCUCUCUCUUUCUCUUUCUUUCUUAAUCUAAUUAUCUCUCUCUCUUCCACCGUACGCCUAGAGAACAAACAUCUCUCCUCGUCUUAUGACCCACUCGAGUUAUUGAUCAAUCCUCAGUGCAGAACUCAAGAAAUGAAGUAAUUCCCCAAACCCUUUGUUUAUUACCGGAGAAGCUUAACACCUAUGGGAAAUCUUACUGUCCGGAUUUGCAUCUCUGUGAAAGCCCGAGCCAAGAACAGAACCAGUCAAAGGACGCUGGUUCCACGCGACCAUGGUUCACUUCCAAAGCGACCGAUUCAUCGUCGAGCAGCGGGGGCUCCUCCAACGGAAGACGCAGAUCUUCAGAACGUCUGCAAGCUGCGCAGAUCCAGUCUCCCCCUGUUGACUCAGGAGGAAUACUCGCCAGGCUCAAGAACAUGAAGCAAGUGUUCCCGGAUUCUCUGCUUGAUCGAUUAAUUUCAGCUUAGUUUUCAUAAAACUGUUUGUCUCCGAUUGCAGAGUGGAUCAACUGAGGAAGCUUCUAGCCGACAACGAUGCGUAUUAUUCCUUCUUCCUCUCUCUUGACCAAGUUAAAAAUCAGAUUAAUGUAAGUUCCACGCAGAGCACCACAUCACAUAAUCCACGAUAUGGGUUCUAUGCUAACACUUGUCGUUGGGCGUCUCUAGCUGCACGCUGAGCUACAGGAGGCAGCCGUGCAGCUGGCUCGUAAGUCCUCUUCUGGGAGAUGUCUCUGUAAAUUUCUUCAUGGCAUCGAUACUGAGACUAGUGACUACAGGAGACAACUCGGGUAAAGAACCCCUCAUCACGGAGCUCAACAGCCAGGUGAGUCCCACGGAUGUGACCACAGUAGUUGGGGACCGCUCAUCCCAUAAAUAGUCGGGAUUUGACUCUUCUAAAGAGGUUUGGAAGGGGCAAGAAUCAGGUUGAUUGAUUGAUUGAUAUUGAUAUUGAUCAUCUUGGAAUGCAGUGCCAGAAUAUCAGAGACACGGAGCUUGCAGAGGCGGAGGAGAAACUCGGUGAACUGGAGAAGCAAAUGGAGGAAACCCUGAAGCUCUACUCUCCUGAUUCACUGCUCCUGAACUUGGAAAGUCGGUUCUGCUCUGAAGGGUUCAUACGGUUUUCUCUGUUCUUCAUGGCUGCAGUCUUGGGUGGUAUCUAAUGGGGUUUUUUUCUCUCGUACAGAUGCGAUGCACGAGGGGGAGGAGGAAUCCAAGGGCCUGAAGAAGCAGUUUCUAGAGCAGGAGAUGGACCUCUCAGCAUUUGUACAGAGUUACAAGGAGAUGCGCACCCUUUAUCACAGAAGGGCUUUGCUGCAUCUUGCUGCCAAGACCUCUGCUAUCUGA